AUGAGAAGUCAGUUAUCUGCGCUGGGUCUAACCUCCAGAGCUUAUGUCGUAAUGUUCACUUAUUCGAUAUCCCAACAAGCGGCGAUGUACCAGAAGGAGUCAGCGGGGAUCUUACUUACGUCACGGUAUAUCCUCCAGAAGAUCAUCUCUCAAGACUUGACCUACUACCUGAUUUUGUUGGCUCUCUUCGGACGAGGAGAACACAGAGGAUGUGCUGCAACUGAAGACGAGCAAAUUGUGAUGAAUGUUAUCCACGUGAGCACUGGCGCUCACUUGUCAAUCGAGGCUCCCCGUCUUGAUCGGCGCCAGCCAAGAGCUGUGAGAAUCGGGAAGAAGAAAAAGGAAGCUAAGAAAAAGAUAAAGAGCUCCUUGAAGACAGAGCAGGGUCUGCUGGCUUGCAGGGAUAAAGAAUAUGUCCCGAAACAUUUUGCAGAAGAUCAUUGGACAAGAUGUGGCAUAUUACCUUGUCUGGCUGGCUCUCUUCGGAGAAAAGAAUCACUGUUUAUAAGUUCGCUACAGGAGAGGAGAAUAGUGACAUUGAAGGGGAGAAGCUCUGGUAUGGUCGCCAUUUACUCUUUCAAUUACAAAGAGAUCAGCGGGAUACGUGAAGACCAGGGGGGAGAAGGCCCGUUCGAUCUUCUCAUCCACGGAGUGACUGCCAUUGGGAAGGCCCUUCUUAGGCAGGCUUCAUGGGACUCCGCAGAGGAUGAACAAUCUGUCAAGCUUUUCCUGCAGGAUCAACGACGACAGCUUGCCAAGCGUCUUGAGGAAGCAGCCAGCAGGGAGGAGGAGGAAGCUGCGCAUCGGAUAAUGCGAACUCUGACUCGGCGAGGAGAAGUAUAUGAGCCGUUUUCCGCUCACUCAAGGAGCACCAUCGUCGUUGAAUAUCUGAACGUCAAGGAUAUGGAUUGGGCAGUCGGAUUGAUCUACGAAGAAGUCAACACGGACAAUGAUACCAGUGGCUUGUACCUCGUGACGGGCCUUUCGACGAUGCAUUUCGAAAAAGAUAAGAUACAAGGAUGA